AUUCUUUCAUAUGUAACAAAACCCGAAGCAAUAUUAUAUCGUUCUGACGACAUUUCCGAAUUUGCCGCUUUUUCCUCUGCGUGAGCCCUUCAAACCUACGAUAUUAAAACGUAUUUCUUGUUUUUCAUUAUGCGUCAUUGCUUUUUCAAACCUAAAAAUAUAACUAAACCAACGUUGAAUCUAUUUCAUUGACGUUUUAAUUUCUGUUAAAAAUACUUCCCUGUCCUCCAUAGAGCCCAGUAAUACACUUAAGUCUGACGUAUUAAACAGGGUGAUAAUCUGAUGACAUGUACACCUCGAGCGACGCACUAUAAACACCUGCAAAGGUCAAUCGUCUCUCCUGUAGUGUGGCUUUUGCCUUUCAUCUCAAGAAGCAUCUAAAGGAUUUUGUGUCUAAAAAGCUGCAACAAACAUGCAAAACCGUGAGUAUAUCAUGUAAUGUUGACUUUUUGUAUGGUUUAUAAAACGUCGAAAGGCUUUGCAAAAAUAUAUAUAAAUUCUAGACAGAUUUAUACUUUUGUAGUCUAGACUACGAUUGGUUUUAAAUUGUCUCAAAUUAGCACUAGUUCGCGUGAAUUAAUAUGUUUUUAUAUGGAAUUAUCUAUAUUCGCAAAGUUUAAUAAAAUAACAGCUCAUGAAAUUUUGCUGCUAAGAAUGCAUUUAAAAUUUUUUAUGCCAAAUCAGUGAAUCAGUGAAUCAACGUUCUGUAUCCGGCGCCCAAUAUUUGUACCUUGUAUUUGUACUAUAAAUUGUGUACUAGCUUAUUCUAGCCUUUGCCUCGCUUGCCAAUAUGAUUGGAAGGUUAAUCUAUUGUGCAAACAAGAUCUUGGUGGCUAGGUAUUUUGCUUAGACGCACAAUUUUGAUGUGAUUUACCGUAGCUGUGUGAGGAUUUAAAAACUAGGAAUGCAAAACUGGGUGUACAAAAGAUGCAGAAAACCUCUUCAGGGCAAUUUGCAAAUUUUUCCAUCUGUCCCAUUAACAGAGAGCUUAGCAAGUGAUGUUUUUGACAACAAUAUUGUAUGGCAACCGGAAGUCCGAAAGCAACCAUUAUAAAUGGCGAGUGAUGGAGACGGCCAUUCUUGUUUAGAUCACAAAUGUGGAACCACAGAAUAAGCAUUUAACAGAAAUCUAACUCGGCCAAAAGAGCGUAACAGCCGCCAAGUAAUGAUUCACACUGAUUUGUUAUCAAAUUCAUUUGUCAUGUUCUUAACUAGUGCUCUUACGAGUUACGAGAGCCAUUUAGGACCAUGCGCUCUUACGAGAGCCUAGGACCAUGGCAACAGUAUUGCAACGGUUAUACCAAAAUCGUAAGUCAGACUUCUGUAAGUGUUUUUUGUGAAACUGCAUUGACUAUACCGUCCUUGAUUUCAAGCAAAGUUGGUGUUUGUGUUACCGUAUCAAAAAUGUUUCUUGUUUAACGUCUCACCCUAACAUACUGUACCCUGUGUAUUCUACCUGUUACUCUACUUUUUCUAAUCCUAUAAUUUUACAUCGUUUUAAGAUAACGGUGUCGAAGUGGACAAUGUCACUAAUCUGUCAAAGAGUAACAUCAAGAAAGAACAUGUUAAGACUGACGUGCUCCACCAGACAGGUAAAAUGCAAAAUCUCUUGGCAGCCUUGACUACGGGAGGAAAUGGCUGGAAAAAAAACUGCAGUAUAAUUUGUCGAACUUGAACCGCUCUUCUCACAUGUAAAUGAAGUGACAUUAUGAUCAGACAAUUGCAUGUCGGGUAAUUCCAGAAAAGAUCCACACUCCCCUACAGAGGAAAUUUCGGCUGAACAUCCGGAGGAAGAGAGACAAAAUCUACUUCUAUAGCAAAAUGUUUUAGGAUGUUCAAAAGGGGUAGAGGGUGUUUGGAUGUUUUUGACAAUGAUGUUGUUAGGUGUGGAUGUUGUCGAUGUGUAUGGUGGCAUCUGAAAGGGGUAGGGUGAGGCGUGGGUGUUUUCUGGAAUGACACAUUACAACAAUUACACCCCAGUCAGAGAGAAGAAAGGUGCAUGUGCUGACCACUGUCUAAACUUCCUAGGAACAUUCAAAGUGAAGUCCGGUUUGGCUCAAAUGGCAAAAGGUGGCAUUGUCAUGGAUGUCGUGAAUGCUGAACAGGCAAAAAUUGCAGAAGCUGCCGGGGUAGGUAGAUGACUGCUUCAGAUGUUGCUCUACACAUGCUAGCCAUGUAGUAUAUCAUUAUGCUAUGUUCACACCAUACAGAUCUAGAACAGCUUUCUGUAGUGGCACGAAAAAGCACCUAUCCAAUACGGUAUGUACACAUUUCUGAAGCUGAGCGAAACAAAAAAGUUUGAAAAAAAAAUUUGUGCAGAGACUUCUCAAUAGGGAAAAUUAUAAGUUGAAAUAAAAAAAAAUUGUGCAAGGUAUAUUAAAAAAAUUAUCAACACAAGCGAAAAAUUUAAAAAAAAUAUUCGUACAAGUUAAAAAAGCCCCCCCCCCCCCAUCACUUUUCUGAUGGUUCACCCCCAAAAAGUACAGAUAGGUUUUUUUCACAUCGCUACCGAAAGCAAUCUGGUACAUUGUAAAUGUAACCUAAGAGAUCUUAGUUCAAUGUGAAAGUUGACUUAAUUUAUUUGGACAAACUGCACUUGUGAUGUCAAUUGGAUUACAUAUAUGCUAUAUACAUAUAAAAAUUUUAUAAAAAACUAACAAUCAAUAUUUGGUUUUGGUGUAGGCGUGUGCAGUGAUGGCAUUAGAGCGAGUGCCAGCAGACAUUCGAAAACAGGGCGGAGUUGCAAGAAUGUCAGAUCCUAAGGUAGCAAGAAAUAAUGUUUAAGGGACAAUCCAUAUAGUUUACGUGCAUUUAUGAAUUCAGCAGUUGUCAAAUAUUGAGGAAAAUGGGUUGUUCCAGAUAAGAUCCACACUCUCUCAAAAUACUUUCCUGUCUGUAGAUGAUCAAAGAAAUCAUGGCCGCAGUAACGAUCCCAGUCAUGGCGAAGGCUCGCAUUGGGCAUUUUGCCGAGGCUCAGAUCCUGCAGGAGAUAGGGGUGGACAUGAUUGAUGAGUCAGAAGGUAAUACAAUCACUAUAUGAAAGCAGACUAUGAGUAACUGAUGUGGUUAGCAUGAUGCCUCUUGUUCAUUGAAUCAUAGCUAAUACUUUUCCAUAUCUCAGUUUUAACUCCAGCCGACUACACGCAUCACAUCAACAAACAUCCAUUUAAAAUUCCCUUCGUAUGCGGUGCUCGAAACUUGGGCGAAGCUUUGAGAAGGAUAGACGAAGGAGCGGCCAUGAUACGAACCAAAGGCGAAGCUGGCACAGGUAUGGAAACAUUUUGUAAUUUAUUGAAGUUUUAUAUGCCAAAAGGAAGGUCAACAUCGGAGUCCCCUACCAGGGGGGGCUCUGUAUAUCCUAACUGACAGUGAGUCAGGUCCCCAAUGUUUUUAUUCAAAUCCUUUAUUUGAAGCCUCGAAACAAUGUUCAAACACCUCCAAACAAUGACAAUGGAAGCAAAACUGACUUGCAUGCAUCAGUACAAACAACCUCAGGCUACGUUUCCACUGUAGUAGUGACUGUACUCAUGGAUAGCUUUCCAUAGCGAUGUGAAAAAACGUAGCAUUUGUCUAUCCGUACCAUUUAGGAACGCUAUUUUUAGAGGAAUUUUUUUUCUGUGUUGGUAUUGUGCACUCAGGUGAAUAUGAUGUUUGUGGUGUUACUCUGAGUGUAUAUCCACACCGGGCGAGCUUGAAAAAUAUGCCUGGCCACGGUGGGAAUCGAACCUACGAGUAACAUCACAAACAUCAUAUUCACCUGAGUGCACAACACCAACACAAAAAAAUCAUAUUACUAUAGAUUACAUUGGUAUCGAAGGAACUAGAUUCUGUUCCGAAAUAUCACUUACUCGAACCGACCUGACCACGUAGCUCAGUUGGCAGAGCAUUGGGCUAGUAUUCCAAAGGUCGUAGGUUCGAUUCCCACCGUCGCCGGGCAUAUUUUUUAGAGGAAUUAUUGCAACGGAGAGAUGUUGUUUCGCUCAGCUUCUGAAGCCUGUUCUCAGCUUGUACAUUCCCGUAUCAGAUAGGUGCUUUUUCGUGCCGCUACGGAGAACUAUCCAGUAUAGUGUAAACCGCGUAGCCUUAAAUAUUCGCACUGCAGUUUCAUGGGUUCUAAAGAUUGGCACUGCAGUCUAUGCAGUCCGCCUUUCGGGUUCCCUUCUUGCAAGUACAGUAGACUGCCUGAAAUUCAGGCCAGAUCAAACUCCGCAAAUAAGAGGCAGUUUGUAUAAAAAUCCAUGUUUCUCUUAUCUAACUACUAUCACCAAAUCUCUAGAGACAGCAAACACCAACAUAUUUUGGUCCGAAUGUGUCCUGUAUACGGACGUUCCAUGUAUACUACUCAUAAAUACUUACCGUGUAUAUCUUACUCCCGUUCAGGUGACGUAGCCGAGGCGGUGAGGCAUGCUAGACAGAUCAACAGCGAAAUCAAACGAGCCCAAUCAAUGGACGCUACUGAACUGUAUGCUUAUGCUAAGGAGCUUCAAGUUUCACACCAACUGCUUAAGAAGACCGCUGAAUUAGGACGAUUGCCCGUCGUCAACUUCGCCGCUGGAGGUCUGGGUAAGUGUGAUAUGGUGUGAUUUGUGUGACCUAGCUAGCGCAAUGUCUUGUAACCAAUAUUAGCAAUUUCUCAACCUGAUAUCAUGUGAACAGCUACUAUAUGGAAGACAGUAUGACCUAAACAAACAAUGCUCUUCGGUCAUUUAAACGGGGCCUGAAGCCCGUCUUCUACUGGGCGAAUUUUAUUCAUGCGGAAGACAUAUUUCAGCACUGUGAUUGGUUAGGUUAGUGACAAAUUCGCCGCGAGAAAACAGGAUCGGUUCCUAGCAAGCAGUGAGUAGUUGACCAUAUGUAGUCGCCACGCUUGCGUUUCAAGCUAGGAGAGCCGGGUUCAAUUCUUGGUCGGACCUCUACUCAAGGUCUUAAAAUAAUUGAAGAAAAAGAGCUAGUACCUUUACAUUGACAUAAGUAAAUGGUUAGAUUUUCUGGCCCUGUUGGGAAAUUCGCUCACCGGUGAGUGAGAAACUCGAUACAAUCUUGUUCUCAAGUUGCCCUAUACCCUCUUUUAUCAAAUAUGGCGUGAACCACGAGAUGAAAUAUUAAAUAAUUUUGGCUAAGUCUUUGGCUUAUUUCUGCAGUGAUCAAUAUGAGAGGUAAGGUAGUGAUCCACAGAGUCCAUAUUUUUCUUUAGGAUUUGAGCACCUAUACACUUGACAUAGUUAAUUGUAUAAGGAUUAGUUGUCAUGUCGAGUGUUGCACCAAAUCCUAAUAUUUACCCAAUUACACCUUCAUUAAAAUCACCUUAGUAUUUAUACAAAACAAAUAAAAAGUUGGUUAACAUAUAAUACUGUAAUGUAAUUAUUAGGGCCAUUUAUACGUGACAAAAUAAGUCGCGACUAACACAAGACGCGACUUAAAUAAGUGGAGUUAUCGCAUAAAUGGUUCUCUACGGCUUUGGUCUUAUUUAUUUGCUAUAGCUAUAAUGUUGUUUUGGUUGUUUUUGUUUUAAUAUGCAAGGCAUUAAAUUUUACGUUGUUUCAAGUUUCUGGCAUGUGUAGUUAGACUUUUUGUCCAAAAUUUCUUAUUUAAGACGCGACUUAAAUAAGAACAGCUAAAAGACCUGUUCUUAUGUAAGACGCGUCUUAUCCAAGACGCGUCUUACAUAAGAAUUUUGUACCUUUUAUACGACAAACUCGCGUCUUACCUAAGUCGCGUCUUAUGUAAGUCGCGUCUUAUUUUGUUCCGUAUAAAUGGCCCUAAUGUCACUCGUCUGAGCUGUUGGGAUCCCAUCACUGCGUUAAUAAAUACCUGUCCAAUUAUAAUCCCAUGGGUUUAUGCACGGAGAGGCUUAUAUUCGGGAGGGGGGGCUUAUAUUCGGGAGGGGGGGGGCUUAUAUUGGGAAUGGCCUGAGCGUUAGUGGUGGGCUUAUGCACGCGAGCUUAUAUUCGGGAGGGGGGAGACUUAUAUUUGGAGGUUUACGGUAUCUUAUCUUCAAUUAUCAAAGUAUCACUAAAUCUUAUGCAAGUGUCAUUUCUUCGUAGCGACGCCAGCGGAUGUGUCAUUACUCAUGCAGCUUGGUGUGGACGGAGUGUUCGUGGGCUCAGGCAUAUUCAAGAGCGGCAACCCCACGAAGCGUGCCCACGCUAUGGCCCAGGCGGUCACGUAUUAUGACAAACCUGCGAAAGUAGCCGAGCUCAGUGAGGAUCUUGGGGAAGCUAUGUCGGGACAACCUGUCACGGAUGAAACUAGAAUCUUUAGUUACAAAUAAACAUGUAUUGGUCCACUUGGAAUGAAAUUUAAUGUGAGCUCUUCCUUGCUCAAAAUGUGACGUUGCUGGUUUUGAAAUUAGGAUACGAUGUGGUUCAUACAGUUACCGUAGAAUUCGGAAAGUAACGGAUGCCUAUUAAAGACCGAACACAUUUUCUUUACCAUUACUUCUCAGACUGCCCUUGUGGCCUUGUAUAACACUUUCAACCAGGCUUUCAACACUUGGCGUAACAACAGUGUCAUCCAUUCACGAUUCAGUGAUCGGAAUGUUCCAUUGUUUUGAAAAUCCCACUGUUCUCUAUGCCAUCCAGUCAUGCUUCAGCUAUUGGAAUGUUCCAUUGUCUUUUCAUUGUUUUGAAAAUCCCACUGUUCUCUCUGUCAUCCAGUCAUGAUCCAGUGAUCGGAAUGUUCCAUUGUCUUUUCAUUAUUUUGAAAAUCCCACUGUUCUCCAUGUCAUCCAGUCAUGAUUCAGUGAUCGGAAUGUUCCAUUGUCUUUUCAUUGUUUUGAAAAUCCCACUGUUCUCCAUGUCAUCCAGUCAUGAUCCAGUGAUCGGAAUGUUGCAUUGUCUUUUCAUUGUUUUGAAAAUCCCACUGUUCUCCAUGUCAUCCAGUCAUGAUUCAGUGAUCAGAAUGUUCCAUUGUCUUUUCAUUGUUUUGAAAAUCCCACUGUUCUCCAUGUCAUCCAGUCAUGAUUCAGUGAUCGGAAUGUUCCAUUGUCUUUUCAUUGUUUUGAAAAUCCCACUGUUCUCCAUGCCAUCCAGUUACUCAUUGUUUUGAAUACUUUAGCAUUUAUGCAAUGAAUCUAAUUUCGGGGUGAUUAUAGUGAGAUACUUUAAAGGCGCUGUUCUUUCCGAAUUGUACGGUAGAAUCUUAUUGUUAGCCUAUUUUACAGAAAACAGUAUUACGUCAUUGUUUUGCACUGGGAAAUAGUUGGUGGAAUUAUAUGAAGAUUGUAGCCAAAGUAUUCUUUGGCGUUUGGGGGAUAUUAAAGAUAUUAAACUAUAUUACUGCAAACAUUUAUUAGAGCUGAUAUUAAAGCCGUAUUUUUGAUCGAUGGAGUAUCUCCAAUUUGGAACUGACAUGUUAUAAAAUAUCCUACUACAAUUGACGUAAAUUUUCACUGACAACUGAUAUCUAAAAGACCCAGUAGCGUCCAUCUUAUCAAAAUUACAAUUAGUUAAUGCAUAAUCAUGCUCCAGUUCUACAAAUAUUUGAGAUCAGUUUUAGUAACCGUGGCAACCAAUCACAUGUCACUUUCCAAAGAAGACCCGAUGCCUUAGCAUGUGCAUCUGCACAGGCAUUUGCUUCAUGCCAUUCACGUGAUCAUCACGACUUGCCAUGUUGGCAACGGUUGCGUUAACACGUGUUAACAUCUGCAUAACAUCCUCGUCAUUCAUUCUUUCCUCAAAAACUUGGGUAAGUGAACUGAUCAACCAUGUCCCCAUCUCGGGGGAGUUUUGUACCCCUAGGGUAAAUCUCCGGUAGGAUAUAUGAUACUUGGUCGUGGAAUAACACACCAAGAAAUCCGCUUCGGUUGGGAGUUUGGGUACCAGUUUCUCAUCCCCGUUUGCAUCGGAGUCGAUAACACCCGGCUGAAUCCCAGGAUCUGAUUUGGUUCCACGGCAGGCAGAAAUAAAGAAUAGUUUCGGCUUUCCUCGCAGAGCUUUGCACUGUUUACCGUUGACUCGCGAAGUGAGUUCCUCGACUUCGACGAUUUUUUUGUCAACGGUUUGAAAGCCUCUCGCCUUCCCAUGACUGGAGAUGAAUACGACCAAACCAUCGUGGUUGGC